AUGAGAUUAUACAGCCUCAAUUUGCCGAAUCCCAGCUGGAAAAUCUCAUGGAUUGCAAGGUUACGCAGGUGCAGUAUUCACGGUCUGUGCGGUCCUUAUGGUAUGUGCACAUAUACACCAGAGCCCAUAUGCGUGUGCCCACCUGGUUUUGAAAGGGUUGAUUUAAAUAAUUGGUUCAAAGGAUGCCGGCCGCAAAAGAAGCUCUCUUGCAGUGCAAAUCGUUCGCAGUUUAUUAUGCUCCCGUUCGUAGAUUAUUAUGGUUAUGAUUAUUUCAAAAGAGAUGGUUUGUCAGUACUGGAGUGUGAAAAAUUGUGCAUGGAUGAAUGCAAUUGUUUAUGGUUUAGCUACAGAGGUAACGGCAUAAACAGUUUUUAUCCAAAGUAUUUACUUAUUACUGGAUCUCAAACUGUAGAGCACACAAAUAACAUGUAUGUUAAGAUAUCCAUUGAUGAAUCUUCAGCGACCAAAGUCUCAUCUGUGCUACAGUUACUGCAAUCUAACUUGAGCUCACCACAAUGUUCGCAGCCGUUGGAAUAUCUAGGACAACCACAAAAUAUUUCAUCCACAGUUGGAAAGAAGGGGCGAACAAGUCAGCUGACCGUUGCUCUGGUCUCUUUUGUUGCUGCUCUUGGGUUAACAGAAAUUGUUUGCAUAGCUUUGGGACGAUGGUUUUUCAUUAAUGCCUUUCAAGAGGCUGAUGUCUAUAAUCGACAAGGCUACUUUGCCAUUCCUGGAGGGCUUAAAAGGUUUGAGUUUUCAGAACACAGAAAAGCCACCAAUAAUUUCAGCGUGUGGGAAAGGGUCGAUUUGGGAGUGUGUACAAGGACCUUCUCCUCCCGGAAAAUAAAGUGA